AGGGUCUUGACCGGAAGUGAGUUUAAUUUCGGUUGUCUGUCUCCCAGACGCUUCCUGCUCUUGAAUGAGCUCCAUGAAAGAUGAAUUGAAGAGUUGUUAGAUGAUUAGCUAGGGGAUAGCGUCCCUAUUUCUGAGUGGGUGAGGAAUGUGAGGAAACGUGUGUUUAUGUUCUGCUCCCAUCUACAAAGCAUGCCAGGGUCCCUCAGUUCUGGCUCAGUUCCGUGUUGGCUGGCGGACAAAGCUACCCUGUGAGCAAAGGGGAGCACAGAGGGGGGAAGACGGUCACAGGGACACUCGUGCUCUCACCUAGAAAACGAUCAGGCCUUGGUUGACCCAGGAGACCCACAGGGGUUAAUGUGUAACCUUGGAGACAUCGGGAAGGAAAACAAAACCCCUUGCUCUCUGGCUCUCAGGCUUCAGGCUUUCCCUCCCUCUCGCACUUUUUUUUCUCUCGCCAUUACCCACCUACUCAACGGCCCCUUUCCUCUCCUUUACCACACCUCACACCCAUUCCCGGGCUCUGGGCUGCUACUCUGUUCGCUAGUCGGGCUAACUCUUCCCGGAAAGCAACCGCCUGAUUCCUUUGGAGGCAGGACAGGAUCCUGUGGCACAGUGAGGACAGACUGGCAUCUAGUGGCCACGAGCUGCUAUUGCUCCAGAAUGCGGGCCUGAAGGGUGAGGGGCACUCCAGUAGCCUGGGUAAAUCGGCGGUCUUCCCCGCCCCACCUUCAGAGAGCUGGGACUAUCUGAGGGAAGACUCUGACAGCCACUCGGCCCCAGGAGCUCAAGAGCGGGCUGGGAGGAGGGGUGAUGAUGGGUUAGUCAACAGUUUCGAGGCACCGCCUCGGUGCAGGACGCGGUAGAGGCAGGUAACCAUGUUCGUCUCCGGCCUGAAGUAGCUAGUGAGCCCGAGAAGGCCGCCUAGAGGGUGGACAGACAGACGGCAGGGAGGGCCAGCAUGCCCUCACUGCUGCACCCAGCCCUGCCGCUGCUCCUGGGCGCCACGCUGACCUUUCGGGCGCUACGGCGCGUGCUCUGUCUCCUGCCCCUGCCCGCGCACGUGCGCGCCGACCCACUGCGCACCUGGCGCUGGCACAACCUGCUCGUCUCCUUCGCCCAUUCCAUUGUAUCAGGGAGCUGGGCGCUGCAGUGUAUAUGGCAGACGCCUGAGAUGCUCAUCGAAAUUGAAACAGCAUGGUCGCUUUCUGGCUAUUUGCUCGUUUGCUUCUCUGCAGGCUAUUUCAUCCACGACACCGUGGACAUCGUGGUUAGUCAUCAGGCGCGAGCGUCUUGGGAGUACCUCGUUCAUCAUGUCAUGGCCAUGGGUGCUUUCUUCUCAGGCAUCUUUUGGAGCAGGUUUGUUGGUGGGGGUGUCUUGACACUGCUGGUAGAGGUCAGCAACAUCUUCCUCACCAUCCGCAUGAUGAUGAAGAUCAACAAUGCCCAGCAUCUCCUCUUUUACCAGGUCAACAAGUAUGUCAACUUGGUCAUGUACUUUCUUUUCCGCCUGGCCCCUCAGGCCUACCUCACUCAUUUUUUCCUGCGUUAUGGGGGCCAGAGGACCCUGGGCACCUUUCUGCUGGGUAUCCUGCUCAUGUUGGACGUCAUGAUUCUCAUCUACUUUUCCCGCCUUCUCCGCUCUGACUUCUGCCCUAAGCGUGUUCCCAGCCAGCAACUCAAAGACAAAUUUUUGACUGAAUGAGAGGCAGAGCCUGGGAGGACAAGGACAGCAAACAGCCUCAGGCACAAACUGAGAUGAGCCCCAAGUCUGGGCCAUCCUCUGGGGCCACACUCUCCAGCUGUCAAGCUUGCACCCACCAUUGAAAACACUAAUGAAACCA